AUGACUGCCCCCCAGCCUGCCAUGCCAGAGCUAAGUCCAGUGGAGGAGGCUGGAGGCCCAGCAGGAAAGACUGCGGCAGGUGCCCGGGACAAGGGCCCUCGGCUGGGCCAGCAGCUGCCCUCAAUUGUGGUGGAGUCCAGUGAGGUGGGUUCUGUGGAGAGUGGGGAGCUGCAUUGGCCCCCAGAGGGCGCGCUGAGGGCAUCAGCCCAGAGCCAGGUUGCUGCUGGUGAGUGA